AUGUCUCUUUUCCAGUCGUUCACAUGCUUUUUCUUAUUGUUCCAUUCAAUUGCAGCCGUUCUGAACAGUGAGUCCCCCGCCUCCGUCUCCCUCUUUCUCUCAUUCUCUCAGAUUGCACUGGCACCCUGACAAUCGACCAUCCCGCCAACCUCAAUGAUUCCUACUAUUGGCCGACUGGGUGGACUGAUUUUCAGAACUAUGUCCCACAGUUUUCUGCUGGUCAGAACUGUGUUUGGAAGUUCAACGUGCCGAAGGGAAUGUACGCGUACUUCGGAGCCUCGUUUACGUCUUCCGACUCCACGACCACACUGAAAAUGACUGAUUCCAUUGGUGUCGUUACCAUGUAAAACAAGCUUGUGAGCAAUAAUUCAUUGGAAUUUUCAUGCAGAUUCAACGAAUCCGACUUCAACCAUCCAUUCUUCCUCGUGGAUCCCGGGUUUUCGGUCGAAUUGCACUCCACAGCAAUCGGAUAUUUGGGAAUUAGAGUUGCCUGGUUUGAGAGUAUGAAAAGGAUUAAAAGCCGAUUGACAGUUCAUGUAUUCAGUCCCUCAAACUGCUUCAAAUGUGAUCACAGUCGCUCCAAAUGACGCCGCGUUGGCUCUGAUCGGAGACACUUUCAACAAUCCGACGACAAUCCAGUCGCAAUCCCGAGUCUCUCUCGUCUCGAUAAAACCGAAACAGGCAUUCAAUGACAAUGUUCCAGCAAUGCGACUUACUCUCAUUUGUGACGGACCCACAGUCAAUUCGACAUUCAUCGGAAAGUAACUUAUUUUUUAGUAAAGGACAGCGAAAACGUUUUUUCAGUCUCUGGCAAGUGAUGACAUCCGGCAAUCAGUUGGUAUCCACUGGACACUCUCUCACUCUCUAUUCGGUUUGGCCUGGAAAAGACCUCGGGAAUGUUGCAAUUGUUCAAGACUAUUCCAGUUAAAUCUGUCUGCACUGUUUCGCAUUUUUUGUUAACAUUUUUCAGAUGUGAAACAGUUCUCAAGCUACACAGGAAUCAGUUGUUAUUUGAAUACCGAGUGCCAGUUCCAGAUCGAUGCUAGUAAUGGAACAUCCGCCGCAAUCAGAUACUCAGAAUCUCCUCAAUAUCUAAUUUCAAUGGGACUUUUCUAUUCAGCGAGUAUUUCUGUGUAUUCUGGCGCACUUACGACUAAUCAACUGAUUUCCAGCUACUCGUAAGUCAAUAUUUCAUGAAAGCAAUAAAUAUUCUGAAACUUUCAGAGAAAAUCUAACCCACAACCGUAUUCCUCAAGAGUUCAGUGGUCGGCUGACAACCUACACCGUGGACAAAGGGUUUGCCGCGUUGGAAUUGACUGGUCGCAGUGAUUAUUGUGAGUAGAUCUGUUCCGAAAUGCAUAAUGAAAACGGUGAUUGCAGCCAAAUGGUCGACAAUAUUCGAUGGCCGACAAGGCAUUGUCUUCUCAAAAAACCUCGGAGUGUCUUCAUCGGACCAAGAGUUCUCGGAGACGUUCUCCCGGAAAGACUCCUCGUUCAACAUCAGCCUGACAGUUGUGGACGCAGGACUCACCGGAGCAGCCACUCUUCAGAUAACUGUGCUCCAAGAUAAGACGACUGUUUCGGACAUUACGUAAGGAGAUUGUCGUGAAAUGUGUGAAAGGAGACAUUUAGGUAUUCCGCUCGAAAACUGCCGGAUAAUAAGAUCGCGCUGACUGGUAAUCAACUUUCUGUUACGUACAGAAAUCAGGGAUCCGAGACAAAAGGAUGUCGUCUCGACUUUGAAUUCCGGAUGAAUGGGAAUGCACUCGCUGGAAUUUUUGCGGUUUUCCUCACCAUCUUUUAUCACUUCUUCUGA